AUGGGAGAGAACGAACCAUUUCGUGGUCAGUUCAUGUUUUAUAAGAGAUGGGCCCUAGACCCUAAUUUUUCAACUGUUGUCAAAAAUGCUUGGGAGAGUGGAAGUUCAUCUCACUUGGGGACAAGUCUAACACGUAUUGUUAACUGCCGGAGAGCAAUUAGUGGAUGGAAAGAGCAAAAUGGGUCAAAUUCUUUGACAAGGAUCACAAAGCUACGAGAAGAACUGGAAGAGGAAGAAGAGGAGCGAUAUCCAUGGUUUACGAGAAUUGCUGAGAUCAAAAUCGAGCUAGCUAUAGCUUAUUGUGACGAGGAAAUCUUCUGGAGACAGAAAUCUCGAGAGAAGUGGUUGAGGGAAGGAGAUAGGAAUACAAAGUUCUUUCAAGCUUCUGUGAAAUCUACGAGAGCUAAAAACUCGUUGCAGUUUUUACUUGAUGAGCACGAAAGAGAACAGUUUUCUAAUCGGGAUAAGAGUGAAGUGGCAGUGCGGUAUUUCUCCGAUUUGUUUAAGACUUCUUCCCCGACGUCUUUCACUGAGAUCUUCUCAGAUUUUCUCCCUAGAGUGACAGACGCAAUGAAUGCUGGGCUUAUAUGUGAUGUAACUUUGGAAGAAGUCCGCUUAGCUGUUUUUUCUAUCGAGAGCGAGAAAACACCGGGCCAUGAUGGAAUGACUGGAUUCUUCUAUAAAAAGUAUUGGGAGAUUGUGAAGCAUCAGCUGUUUGAGGAUGUGCGCCGUUUUUUUAGAUGUGGAAAGAUACAAGACGAAUGGAACCAUACGUAUAUCACCCUCAUUCCAAAGAUUAGUACACCUCGACGAAUGACGGAUCUCAGACCUAUUAGCCUUUGUACGGUGUUAUACAAGAUCUUGUCUAAGAUCUCACAUCUCGACUGA